AUGGGCCACACUUUGGACCCCCUGGAGGUCAAUGAAGUUUGUUUUCUCCCCAUCUAUAUCCUCGGCUUGUUUGAGACCCAUCCAGAUGUUCAGAAGCUGUUCCCUAAGUUUGCUGGCCUUUCCAAAGAGCAGCUGCAGAACAAUCCUGACUUCCAGGCCCAUGGGGAAACUGUCGUCUGCAAGCUGACAGAAUUUGUGCAACAUCAAAAGGCAGACGAGUCCUUUGUGAAGGGACUGGCAAAACGUCGUCCUGCUUGGCAUGACAAGGUCAACUUCCGGAUCAUCAGUGAAAUCAUUGUCGUGGUGGCAGCAGAGAAGAUUGAUGGCUUUGGCACUGAUGCUCAAACUGCCCUGAAGAAUGUGCUGAAGGCGUUUCAAACUGGCAUGGGGGCUUGAUAUGAUGGUGUUUGAGCUCCUUUAUGAAUA